AUGUCAGAGGACGAUAGUAGCUCCACCACCAGCAUUAUGUCCGACACCGAAGGCAGCAACGUCAGCGUCCUCAACUGGGAGCAAGUGCAACGGCUGGACGCCAUCCUGAGGGAGACCAUCCCGAUCCACGGCCGGGGGAACUUCCCCACUCUGGAGAUGCAGCCGCGGCAGAUAGUAAAAGUAGUGCGUAGUCGGAUGGAGGAAAAGAAGAUCCACGUCCGGGACGUUCGGUUAAAUGGCUCUGCAGCCAGCCACAUUCUGCACGGGGACAGCGGACUGGGCUUUAAGGAUCUUGACCUCAUAUUUUGCGCAGAUAUGAAAGGGGAAAGUGAUUUCCAGACUGUGAAGGACAUAGUUUUGGACUGUCUCCUAGAUUUUUUACCCGACUGUGUGAAUAAGGAGAAAAUAAGCCCAUUAACGUUAAAGGAGGCCUAUGUUCAGAAGAUGGUGAAGGUGUGUAAUGACUCAGACCGCUGGAGUCUUAUCUCCCUCUCCAACAACCGAGGAAAGAAUGUUGAGCUGAAGUUCGUGGACUCUCUCCGGCGGCAGUUUGAGUUCAGCGUGGACUCCUUCCAGAUCAAACUGGACUCCCUGCUGCUUUUCUACGAGUGCUCAGAGAACCCCAUGGCCGAAACCUUCCACCCCACCAUCAUGGGCGAGAGUGUGUACGGGGACUUUGGAGAGGCCCUGAAUCACCUACGCCACAAGUUAAUCUGCACCCGGAACCCCGAGGAGAUCCGAGGCGGGGGUCUGCUGAAGUACUGUCACCUGCUGGUGAGGGGUUUCCGGGCCGCCUCAGAAACAGAGAUGAAGUCCCAGCAGCGCUACAUGUGCUCGCGUUUCUUCAUCGACUUCUCUGAUAUAUGUGAGCAGCAACGCAAGCUGGAGUCCUACCUUCAGAACCACUUUGUGGGCCUGGAGGACCGCAAGUACGACUACCUGAUGACCCUGCACGGGGUGGUCAACGAGAGCACGGUGUGCCUGAUGGGACACGAGAGGCGGCAGACCUUGGGCCUCAUAGCCAUGCUGGCGGUGCGCGUUCUCGCCGAGCAGAACGUCAUCCCCAACGUGGCCAACGUGACAUGUUACUACCAACCUGCUCCUUACGUGGCAGAUGGCAACUUCAGUAACUACUACAUAGCGCAGGUUCAGCCGGUGUUUGCUUGCCAGCAUCCUGCAUACUCCACCUGGCUGCCCUGUAACUGAGUCAGCCCCAGGUGGAGGUGGAGGGAGAGAUUUGUUUAAACAGGAGCGGAGCAGCAGACCUGCCCAGUGUUUGACAGAAAAAGGAGGCUUCUUUUUAAUGUUUUGCAUCAAAGCUUGUGUUUUGGCUUUCACUCCUAUCUGAUGUGAAUAUCUCACAUUUCCUUGAAAUGCCAACGUCAUCUGAUCCUGCCCAGGCCAAGCAGGUUGGGGAGAGACUCAUUUGUGUAGCUUGGAAAUAAAAGGCUAUAAGUGCGACAGCCUCUCAGCAGAACUGUCAUCAGAACUGAUCGAAUCUGUCAAUAACUGAUUAGUCAGCACGCUCCAACAGCAGACCACAAACGGCUGCAUCAGUGCCCUGAAGCUGACAGUUUCUCCACACACACACACACACCCUCGCACACUCAAGGUGAAAUCAGAUGUGUGUGUGCAGGGAUCCAAAACCUGCACCCUAGACUGAGCUUUACUAAAGCUUAAACUGAGGUGAGAUGCUGGUUUAAGUGGUUUCGAUAACAAACCGGCAUCCUCGCCUCGCAUUUGGAUAUAAUUAUGGUUGUUUACAGACCAAAGAUUUUAUUUUGAUUGUUUCUAACAUUAAAACCCCAUUUUCAUUGGGGGUUAACUAAACAAAAUAUGAAGCUAUGUCUAUUUGUAUAUGUGAACAUAACGUGUUUUUAAGUGCCUACAAAAGAAUGAGCAGUCCAUAUGAUUUUUGUGAAUUAGCCCCCACUCUGUUUAUAGUCAGGCACACACAAGACAACAGCACCCCAGACUGGCUUGUGAAUGUACAUGUGAAACCAUGCAGUCAGUGUUUAUGUAUGUUUGGACGAAACCAUGCCUUAGUGGGGAUUUUGCAGUAAAGUAGCAGUCAUAUGUCCGAUCAAUGGAUUGUUGAAAAAGGUUCAUAUUUUUCAUUUCAUUUCUGGUGUUAAAACUACUCCAAACAUGCUUUAACAUUUCCCAAAUGGAUACAGGUGUUGCAUAUUCUACAAGUUUAUUUGAAAAAACAGAUACAAGUCAUUCGUUUGAAUCAAACAUUUCUAGGUGAUGCACAAUAACUAUAACAAUUGAGAAAAUAAAAUCAGAAAAAACAUUAAAACAACCCAACACUGGUUUGAUUUACAUGAUCUGGAUUGCUCACAUAGUAAAAAAACAAAAAGGUUAUAGAAAAAAACAAAAAAAACGAUAUCCGUUUUUGCAAGUGAACACUUCACUGUUCAGAACUUAUGACACUUUUUAUCCACAUCAAUGCAGCAAAAGGAAGGCCCACUCACACACAAUGACCCUGUAUAUUAAGUACAGCGAUGCUUCUCUUAUUUAUCACGUGAGGCAGAAACAGUUCACAAGUAAGAGACACAGAGCGAGGACAGGACUACAUUGAGAAACGCUGCUGUCUGUCCCCUAUGCUUCCUCCUAUAGCAGAUAUUUGCAGAGACAGAGGAUGAGACACUGUUUGCUGUAGCACCCUGGCAGGGAAUUCCUCAGCUGCUGCUGAAGAGCUUGAACUAUAAGCGUAGGGUUGUGUCUCCAGACGCUGUGUUCAGGGUUCAGGAAAACCUUUGACUGCCCCGCUGAUAGCCCUGAAAUUUAAUGGGGAAAUAUGUUGAUGUAGAAGAAGAUAUAAAAGACAGUGGAGGAAGAAAAAAGGGAGAAUGUAGUGGUGAAAAGGCAGGAAGGAGAGAUAGGUGCAGCUGGUGAUGGGGUUUAUAUCUUGGCCUACCAAUCGUUACUGUACUCUGUUAAGGUCAGACUAUUGGGUGGUCCAAAGCAUUCUGGUAAAACCAUUUGCUCAUCGUUAAAAAGUGGAAACUGAAGAAAUAUCGCCUGCAUUUACACCAGCUUCAAAGUCUUUAUGAAUUGCAACCUAGUUUCACGAUUUAACAAUGCUUAUUCAUGUUUUUUAUGCUUCAUUCCACACCGUGUACAUACAUGAUUACACGCUUAAGCUCACUUACUACUUAUACGUAUGUGCUAUAUAAAUAAAACUUGAUUUGAUUUGAUUUGAUUUAUACAGCAGCCUUUCUGGAUUGCAGAUUUACAAUUACAAGCAUAGAACUUAGAAGACCUGCAUUAACUACAUUUCUCUUGCUGGAAAAACUUUCACAGCUUCUGAUUCUGAUCAUCCAUAACUGCUCUGUUCAUCUUCUUAAUGGCUGUUUACAUGGAUGGCACCCUUUGGUUUGUGCAGGCAAUGUAUUUUCAUUUUAUUCUCAGUGAAGUCCGAACAGCUGACUAGCUAGCUAGCUCCUGUCGGUCAGUGAUCGUCCUGUCAGUUAGAGAUUGUGGGUUACUAUAUUGUCUUGUAUCUCCAAUAUCUGUUUCCGUACAUGCAGUCUUUUACAAAUCACACUUUGAGAAAAAAAAACGACAGAAAAAAUAUCCUUGUCUUGUAUGUAUAUUUUUUAAUGAUUGUUAUUUUUACAAGUGUUUGAGACAUGUAUGUCGCAGUGCUUUUGAAUCUGUGAUCGGGCUUCAGAGGAUAUGUUCUCAAUAGCUUUUUUUGCUAUAAUAUGUUAUAUGUCCAUUGGGUCAAAAGGUUAAAUAUGUUUUCAUCAAUAAAAUAUCGGAAAUCA